AUGUUAUGGACAUCAAGACGUCUAACAUUGCGCUGCCUUUCAACUGCAACAGCUUAUGCCUCUCUUUCUCCUCUUUCUCCUUCUCCUUCUCCUUCUCGUCUUCGUCAGUUAAAGUUUGUAACAUCAGAUGAAAUUGAUCAUUGUCUAUUGCAUGGUUUAACCUCUCCAGACGAUGAUACCCAACCUGUAAAUCUCAUUCAAGACGAAGAGAGUGCACGUCGCGUACUUGAGAAAAUCAACGAGCUAGGUCCUACUCACUUUCAUGCAUGUGACACUGAAGUGGCACAAAUUGAUCUUAAGGCGGUGGGUCCAGUCGGUCAUGGGAUUGUCACGUGUCUCUCACUUUAUAGUGGACCUGAUGUGGACUAUGGCAAUGGUCCAUAUGUUUGGAUAGACAAUCUAGAUAGUGCGGAAGGCACGUUGCACUAUUUUAAGGAAUUUCUUGAGAGUACAAUGUAUCGGAAAGUCUGGCACAAUUACAGUUUUGAUCGACACGUGCUCUUUAAUCACGGUAUUAACGUCCAGGGUCUUGGUGGGGAUACGAUGCAUAUGGCGAGAUUAUGGAACACUGCUAGAUUUCAGAAUAGAGGCUAUUCUUUGGAAGCUUUAACGGCGGAUAUGUUAUUACAAAGGAAAAAGCCGAUGAAAGAAUUGUUUGGAAUCCCAAAGCUUAAGAAGGAUGGAUCAAAGGGUAAAGAGAAAAUCAUGCCAACAGUCGAGGAGCUGCAGCGACUGCCAGCGUUCAGGAAAAGGUGGAUUAGGUACAGUGUAUACGAUGCAGAAAGCACGUGGUUUUUGCAUCGUGUUUUGCAGCACAAGUUAGAUCAGACGUUCUGGUUUGAGAAUUCUUCUCACGCAGAGGACGAGAAAGCACAAAUUGGAUCCAUGUACGACUUUUAUCUCCAAUACUUUGUUCCGUUCGGCGAGUGUCUGACGGAUAUUGAACGCAACGGCAUGCACGUAGAUCUUAAUUACCUCGCUGGUGUCGAAAAACAGGCGCUGGAGGACCGUGCGCGUCUCGAACGACUUGUGCUGACAUGGGCGUCGCGCUAUUGCGGGGAAAGCGAACGUAUCAACUUAUACAGCGCUGCGCAGAAGCAGCAAUUGCUGUUCGCGCCGUAUUUCGAUGCGAAGAAGGAGAAACUUGUGCUACCUGCUGAACGCGAGUUUGAAGUGGAAAACACGGAAGGGUAUAUCGAAGAAGGUAAACAAAAGGCGAAGAAGAAGCGCAGUAUCACUAUUCGUGGUCUGGGUAUCCCUUCGACGCAUUUUACGGCGAGUGGACUCCCCGCAGUCAGCGCUGAAGUGCUGAAGGAUCUUGCAGGCUAUCCUGAGGCGAAUCCUCCAACGUACGGUCGGGCAUAUGACCAUUUUAAGGAUAAGGAGGAGGGAGCAGCAGCUUGUGUGGCACUAAAGGCGCUGUAUGACAUCAGCAGUAUUAACACCAUGCUUAACAACUUUAUUUUACCGCUCCAGGAUCUUGCAGAUAGCAAUAGCCGUGUCCACUGCUCGUUGAAUCUGAACACAGACACAGGUCGCUUGUCUUCACGAAAGCCAAACCUGCAGAACCAACCAGCAAUGGCCAAAGAUCGCUACAAAAUUCGGGAUGCGUUCACGGCGCCGACCGGCAAGAAGCUUAUUGUAGCCGAUUAUUCGCAGUUGGAACUACGGCUCAUGGCCCACAUUACUCAGUGCAAGGCUAUGAUUGAGGCGUUUAAGGCCGGCGGAGACUUCCAUUCACGCACGGCCAUGGGAAUGUAUCCUUACGUGGCAAAAGCUGUGGAAGAUGGUGAGGCGCUUUUGGAAUGGGAUAGUUCUUGUGGCAAGGAGCCCCCCGCUCCGUUACUUAAAGACAAGUUUGGCAACGAACGAAAAAAUGCGAAGGUGCUUAACUUUUCGAUUGCUUACGGCAAAACUGCCUUUGGCUUGUCGAAGGACUUCAAAGUUUCUCGUAAAGAGGCAGCGAAGACUCUGGAAAAAUGGUAUGCUGAUCGAGCAGAGGUGCGCGAUUGGCAAAAUAGAGCCAUUGAUAUAGCCCGAACAUACGGCUACACCCGCACGCUUCUGGGACGGUAUCGCCGGCUUCCCGACGCUAUGCUAACUGAUAACAGUAUCACAUCAAAGCAGUCAAGAGGGCAUGCAGAACGUGCUGCUAUUAAUACACCUAUCCAAGGUGCUGCUGCCGAUGUUGUUAUGCAGGCCAUGCUCCUUGUGCAUCAGAAUCCGAGAUUACGCGAGCUUGGUUGGAAGUUGGUGUCUCAAAUUCAUGAUGAAAUUAUCGUUGAGGGACCUGAAGAGUCAGUAGAUGAGGCGAUGAAGCUUGUUGUGCAUUUGAUGGAGAACCCGUUCCAGAAGCCUUUGUCUGUAGCCCUUGAGGUGGAUGCUAAGGUUGACGAUUCCUGGUUUAAGGCAAAAUAG